UAUAGAUUAUAGACAGAUUUUCUGGUUGAUAAUUUUUGAUAAUUAUCAGUUUGAUAUUUGAUGAUAAAUUAAUAAUCAUAAAGCAAUCGGAAGCACUCCGGUAUCGUCGGUGGUUUUUGGUGCAUGGUUGACCACACAUAAUCCCGUUUACUAAAAACCAACCUGCUUCUGCUGCCUUGGAUUGCCAGCUUUGCAUCUUUACAAAAGUUGGCUUAACACUCACCAGUAUUAAACGAAGGAGUUUAGAAUCGUCGUCUUGCUGCUUGCAGCUUACGAGUUACUUAACUUUUCUUUCCCUUCUUCCAUCUGGCGGAUUAGCUUAUAGCGACAAAUCUUUGGAAUUGCCAGUUUCGUUGCUUUAAAAGAGUUUCGUUGUGUUCUGGGCGCAAACAGCAACAAGAACUGAAAUGGCGUCGAAACUAUUUGGACGGGAUCUCAGUGAAUAUGACGAUUUGGAUGUUGAGGCUAUGCUGGAUAAACUUACUCCGGCCGAGAUCGAAGAGUUAAACAAUUACGUUGAUCCUGAUAAUUCGUAUCUCCCGGCUCAUCAGCGAUGUCGGGAUCAGACAACAAAAGCCCCCACUGGGCCACUGAAUCGGGAAAAAUUAGUGGAGUUUCUUGAAAUGAAAGCCAGAGAAGAGAAAGACUGGGACGAAGCUGUUCCAUAUGAAGCCGGAACUGUUAGAGGGAAAAAGUUUGUCCCGAAAGAAAUCACCCCUCCACCUUCAAAGGACGACAUUGGCUUUAAUGUUGACGAUGAGUACGAAAAAGCGUUGGACGACGCAACAGAAGAAGAUCUUGUGGAUUUGGCAGCUAUUUUGGGCCUGCAUGGCAUGCUCAACCAGACCCAGUAUCAUGCGGCAUUUGACGACAUCCAGAAGGGUGGAGUGGCGCCCAAACAAACCAAAUUUCAAAGUAUUGCUAAGGCGGAUAUGCCUAAAUUUAUGCCGCCCGAGCCGGACAACGAUACCGAUGUGGAAGCUACCAUUGAGCAAGUUAAGAAAAACGAUAGUUCACUGAAAGAGCUCAACUGGAACAAUAUCAAGAAUAUUUCCAUUGAAAAAUUUCAUCAGCUUUUCGAAGGCUUAAAGAGCAACACCCAUCUUCAGUCGCUUUCGCUGGCUAACACUCGAAUGACCGAUCAUGCCGCUAAGCCACUUGCGCAAGCACUUGAAGAGAACAAGACACUAAAGACACUGAAUGUUGAGACGAAUUAUUUGGCCGGCGAGACCGUCGUGGAAUUGAUUCGGGCUCUGCUGAAAAACCAGACUGUCCUCGAAUUCCGCGCAUCGAACCAGAGUCCUUCCGUGUUGGGACAGAAGAUUGAGAUGGAGAUUUCUAAACUGAUUCUGCAAAAUCAGAAUAUACUUCGAUUGGGUAUAGCUUUUGAGAUUGCCGGGGCACGUGUGCGGGUGCAUGAACAUUUGCAACGGAAUAAUGAUAAAAUUCGCCAACAGCGUGCUAAAGGUGAUGAGGACUAACCGGAAAACCGGUUAAUUUGCUCCGUAUAUGCUAUAUCUGAGUAGACCUAAUAACAUACUGGCUGAAACUAACUCGCAUAAUAUGCUUUGUAGCUCUGCACUAAAUUACUUCGUCGCCCCUUUAACUACUUUACCGGUUCCUCUGCUUCCCCGUUAUCCCAUUACCUCAGUGACUUCGCCGUCUUUUUUUACAGUCGCCUUUUAAUCGCAUUUAGCACUUUCUUUAGUGAUUUCAGUGUUCUCUUCGUGCCGUUUAAAAUUGGUUCGUCUUUGCCUGUUGUGCUGGUUUUAGCCGCAUGUCGUGCGAUCGAGUAAUUAUGCCCGUGAAAUAUGCCGGAUAGAAUUGUAGUUCCAUAGACUAUCUUCGCGUGAUGCUGCGAAGCUGACCUUGUGAGUUUUGUGUGUGCCAUUGCGCAUUUUGUUAUUUUUAGCUUUUAGUGUGUUGGUUUGACAGAGAGACUGUUGUUGAUGUCACUGUUUUUAGUGGUUGUACAAGACCUUGCAUAAGGAAGACGAUUUGUAGUAUUUAUGA